UACGUGUUAUACUUGGAUGCACCGUGGAUGCACGUGCGUUGCUGCGAUCCUGGUUUAAGCCCCACUCCCGGGAUAGACCGUACGGGAUAGACUAGAGUUUUACUUUCCUUCGAAGCAUCAUUCUCAGUUCAGGUUUACCGCUGCGCGUUCUCGCGCACACCGCUCUCGCGCGUGCGGCUCUUGUGAAAUCAUUCGAGGCAGAUGAAUGCCACCGCGUAUUAAGUAUCCUGCCCCGGAGUGAUCCCUACGUUACGAGGAUACCGCGCGCAUUAUCCUCAGAAAGAUGUUGAUCCCGACUAAAAGCAUCGCUAUCAGUGGCUCGCUCGUCUUCGUAUCGCGAUUCCUCGCUCUAAUGACGCUCGUAGGAGCUACGACCUUGCCGCUUAGGAUGCUGCACGAUCUGGAUAAGCGCACGAAUCUCUCCAUGGAGAGGUACAGCCAGGCGGAACAGGCGAUCCUGAGCUCCCGGACGCGUCUCAAUCGUGGUUCGCCGUCCUGGUUCCUCGGCGCGUCCCAUGAGAUGACCGAGGGCGCGCAGAAUCUCUCGAGGAGGGCUCUGCGAAUCGAGACGAUGGCGGUGAUGCUCGUAGAAGCGCUCAACAUGUCAUCGAAACAGGCGUCUUUGGUGUUGCCGACGGUAGCCGCCGUUCUCUGUCCGGACUCGCCCAGCUUCUUGCGAAUAAUAUCCGAAUGCAAGAAGACAGACGUCCGCUACAGGACACACACGGGUCGAUGCAAUAAUCCGUUGCAUCCGACCUGGGGCGCGGCAUUGGAGGCUUACGUGAGACUCUUGCCGGCGGAGUACGAAGACGGUGUCUCCCUGCCUCGCACCAAGUUGCCGAGCGCGAGGGAGGUCUCCUCGAGGGUGCACGCCGGCGGAUUGGACCUUAAACAUCCCUAUUUGAUGGCGAUCACCGCGCUUUUCGGUCAGUUUCUCGCUCACGACUUGACGCACACGCCCAGGAUGGAAUUGCCGGACGGUGCCAGGCUCAAAUGUUGCGACGUCGAUUACGAGAAUUUUCAUCCCGAGUGCUUCCCGAUCCACGCGGAGCAGCCGAUUGGAUGUAUGGAAUACUCGAGAUCGGCACCGCAUCCAGGAAAUUCGUUACAGGGUUGCAAAUUGGGACCUCGACAACAGAUCAACCAGGCAUCCUCCUAUUUGGAUCUGUCACCGCUUUACGGUAGUUCUGAAGAGACAGCUAGAGCCCUACGAUUGUACAAAGACGGCCUCCUAAACACGCAAAGAAAGAACUUGCCGAUGGCUUCGCCAAAAUAUGAGAGCUGCAGAAGCGCAAGCAAGGCAUUUCCGUGUUUCCUUUCCGGUGAUUCCAGAGUAAAUGAGAAUCCAGGCCUCACUUUGAUGCACGUAUUAUUCUUACGAGAGCAUAAUCGAGUGGCUUCAGAAUUGAAACGUUUCAAUCCCCAUUGGGACGACGAGAAACUAUAUCAAGAAGCAAGAAGAAUUGUUAUCGCCGAACUGCAACACGUAACUUAUAACGAGUUCCUGCCUGUUAUUCUCGGAGAACGUGCCCUCGACAAAUACGGCUUGCGUCUGACGCAGCGGGGCUACUUCCGCGGCUACGACAUUCGCGCGGACGCGACUCUCUCGAAUUCGGCGGCGUCGGCCGGACUCUCCUUCGUCGCCGCGCUGACCCCGAAAACUCUGGACCUGGUCGACUCACGAUCGGCGCUCAAGUCUGGCGAAAGGACCUUAUUGUCGGCCUUCUAUGCGCCGCAGGAGUUUUACGAGGCUGGCGCGAUCGAUCGACUGAUCGUUGGAGCUACAGCGGGACAUUCUAGGAAGCCUCUGCCUCCGGGCUUAAACGAAAUACUCCUGGACCGAUAUUUCCACGAUGGGAAAACCAACGACGUAGCCGUGGAUUACGCCGCACAGAUUAUACAACAGGGAAGAGAUCACGGCUUGCCGCCUUAUGUCAGAUGGCGAGAUUUCUGCGAUUUGCCAGAUCUCACUGACUUUCAGGAUCUUAGAGGCACAGUGGCCAAAGAUACUGUCGAGAGACUUCGAGCAGUCUACAAAAGUGUAGAGGACAUAGAUCUGGUAACUGGAGCACUUUCAGAAGCUCCAAUAUCUGAUUCAGUUCUUGGACCAACGUUCCUUUGCUUAUUAGGGCGGACAUUUCGAAGUGUUCGGUUAGGUGACAGGUAUUGGUACGAGAAUGGAAAUACCCCCGGUUCAUUUACGACAGAACAAUUGGAGGAGAUACGGAAAAGUACAAUGGCGCAAAUUUUAUGUCGCAAUGGGGACAGAUUACAAUGGAUGCAACCGAGAGCUUUUAUUCUAAAAGACCCAUUCCUGAAUGAUAUGACAAAUUGUACGAUUCAUACGAAAGGCGCUAUGGAUUUUGCAGCUUGGAAAGAAAGGACGGAUACAAUUUAAUCUGAAUCUCACAUUCGAUCGUCGAAUUUUAAUAUUGCUCAUAUUAAACGACAUUGUUCCUGAUUACAUUAGAGAUCGUAUGUUUGAAAUCAGCGAUACACUAUAUAAUUGUUAUUAUAUUAUUUUGAAAGUUCUGUUGAUACUAAAAAAAUUAUAGUGGGUUAGAAAUCUGCAAUCUUAAUUUGAUUACCAAGAUUCCAUUAGAAAACAUUCUACUGAUUGCAAGUGAAUAUUGGUGGCGAUUAAAAAUAGCAAAGGAAUUCGUAGUAUUAUCUAAUUCUAGUAUAUUCUAUUGGGAGAAAUUUUCGAGACGACAAUAUACGUCGAGUUUUAAUACCUCAUGUAACAAAAAGAAGAACUGUUCAUAAUGAUCUCCAUCUCAUUUCGCACAUUUGUUAAUACACGCUUUGUUGUACUACUCGUUAUAAUUUUAUUACAAAUAUUGUUACUGCAUUUUCGAUUUUUCUAAACUCUAAGAUUACGAAUGCCUUUGGAGCUUAUGUCCAGCUUAUGAAUAUAUGAAUAUGAAAAAACAUCUAAAGAAUUUGCAAUUUCAAAACUUUGUAAUUCGAGCACGCAUUACGCGUUAAGGCGUGCUUGCGUGCGUCAAGUGUUAUACUUUAAUUAAGCAAUAACAAUGACGAUGGAGUAAUAUACCAAAAAUAGAAAAUUCAUGCGAACACGCGUAUAAUUCGAUCGAUCGAAUCAAACAUUUUUGUAACAUACCAUGACUUGUACUUUGAAUGAGUUUAGUCUCAGGAUUUUAACUUAUUUUAACUUCAAUGUGUAUUGCGUUAAUACACGCAUGUGUUAUUGCUGCUCUAAAUAAAAUAAUUUAACAGU